CCAAUCAUGUCUGGAUCUAGAUAUUUGAAACUCGCGAUCUAGGUAUUUGAAACUCGCGACCAGACAGCACCAGAAAGCACCUGAGAGCUGAUGUAGAUUGUUCGGUACUUCUAAUUGUCCCUGCAACACCUGACCUGUAUCUUGUGGGUUUAGAGAGUCCUUCAUCCUUCUAUUUUGGUCCUACUUCUCUGCCCUGAUAGUAACAAUCAACAUGCCUCUCAAGAUCGCACUCUCACUUGACCAGCCGACCUCCACAACCCCGAUAAACACACAUACGUGCACACAUACCUCGUACGGAAUGACGGACACGGAGACAGGAACUGGAGAUAAGAUCCCCCUCAAAUCAGCUGACGUUCUGGGAUUAAACAGAAAAAACAGCCACGGCGAAUCCGGUUCAGAAUCCUCAGAUGAUCACUGUCAUGAGAUCGAGGAAGAUAAGGAUAACAGGAACAAGGCUCGGAACCAGCUCAUGAUCGCCUCUAUUGUGUGUCUUCUCUUCAUGGUCGGAGAGAUCGUCGGAGGAUAUAUAGCCAACUCCCUCGCCAUCAUGACAGACGCGGCUCACAUGCUGAGUGACUUCUCCAGUUUCUGUAUCUCUCUGUUCGCGCUGUGGGUCGCAAAGAAACCUGCUACUAGGAACAUGUCUCUCGGCUGGUACCGAGCAGAGGUAAUGGGAGCGGUGAGUUCAGUUCUGAUAAUAUGGGUGCUGACGGGGGUGCUAGUUUACCUGGCCAUCCAGAGGAUGAUACACAAAGAAUUUGAGAUCGACGCUGACACCAUGUUAAUCACCGCCGCCUGCGGCGUACUCGUCAACGUAGUUAUGGGAGUGUUACUGCACCAAGGUGGACACGGACACUCCCACGGUGGGGGCGGACACGGACACUCCCACGGUGGUGGGGGUCAUGGUCACUCUCACGGCGCAACUAAGACUGAGCAAGAGAAUAUUAACGUGCGCGCGGCUUUCAUCCACGUGCUGGGGGAUCUGAUACAGAGUCUGGGUGUCCUGGUUGCAGCUUUCCUUAUCAAGUUUAAUCCCACCUGGUCGUUAGCAGAUCCCAUCUGUACCCUGGUAUUCAGUGUGAUAGUUCUCUUUACUACACUCACUAUAAUGAAGGAUGCAGUGCACGUCCUUAUGGAAGGAGUACCCAACAAUAUUAACUACAAGAUGAUGGAGGAUGACCUAAAGGAGCUGUCUGGAGUUGUGGCGAUACACAAUCUACACGUCUGGUCUCUGACUCUCGACAAGUCUGCUCUCGCUGUCCAUCUAGCUAUAGACCCUAACACGAGUACACAAGAACUGUUGAAAGAAGCUAAUAGACUACUUAAGAAGAAGUACCGAAUAUCACAUUGUACAAUUCAGAUAGAGUUUUAUCAGAGAGCAAUCAUGGAGAACUGUAAAAAGUGUCAACCUCCCACAAAAUAACAGUAAUAAUCAUAUUUCGUAGGGUUCUUUGUUUACUUUCACUUCAUGAAGUUCUAGCAAUUGUAGAUAAUUUUCAUCAGUUUCAUUAUAUUGAUACAUAGGAUAAAGCAUUCACUCCAACAAUUAAUGUUCGCUGAAGAAUGAAGAUCUCUUAUAUUCUGAUUUCAAGUUCUGUCGAGCUCAACGGCGAAAAUUUACUGCUUUACAGAUGUUUUUCACGGGAUUUACCUUCGUUGAUCUUCAAUUAAAGACACAAUUAAUUGCUGCAUACGCACAGCCCAUGAUAGCCAAAGAAUUGACGUUUUUCACGUUUGUAAAAAUCGAAAUUUUAUAUGUAAGUUAAACGAUUCUGGUGAAUAUAUCAGCGUGGUGCUAACCUAAAAACUUGGAAAACUCGGUCAAGUGGCUGUUUUAUCGAUAUAAUUUGAUGAAAUUGUAUAAAGAUGUUUGAGAAUAUGUCACCAGUUUUUCUACGUUUUGUACUGAUUUUGUUGUUGUUUGUUGAUGUUUGGCAUCUCUUUGCGGAUGCAACAAUUUGCUAUAUUUCAAGAUUUAUUUAGGUUAUAUGAUAUGGAUACCAAGCUAUGAUGUACCUUUUUCGUGCGCUUUUUAGUGGUUUUAUUUUAUUACAUGUAACAAUUAAAAAAAUGUCUAGAGGUAAUGAAUUUUAAUGCGUAAAGAGGACUCUGUUUAGUAAUUUAAUAUCUGUUAGUGUUAAUAGUCGCUACUUUCAGAAGUCAGAAUAUUAACCUGUGCAUGAGCUUAGAGUAAUAAGUGGACCUUAUUUGUUUCAGUAAUUGAAGUUGAUUAAAGUUAAUUUUGAUAAUUUUUUUUGAGUGAGUAUGUAGCUUUCUCACGAACUGCUUAUUUGGCUAAAAGGUGAGAUAGGGCGUAGUCUUAAACAAAGUCUAGAACUAACGUCUUGUUAAAAGGUAUAAUUAACAAAGAUUCAGAACAAUCUCAUCGUUUUAGUCCAAAUUUCCUUGUUUUCAAAGCUUCAUGACUUUCCAUCUGUUUUCAACAAACCAAAAUGGCCAUGGUGCUCAGUAAUCAACUAAACAUCUUUAUUUUAACUAGUUAUCUGUGGUUUACGAUGAAAGAUUAAACAGACGUUAUAUAACAUCAUAUUAUUAUUAACAUAUUUGCUUGCGAUGUUCAGAUAUUAAGAUUUUAAAUGUCACGCCGGCUCACUCUCAACAUUAUAUUCUGAUAAAAACUCAUGUGAGUAACCGUUGUCUCUAGCUUAUAAUACAAUGAACUUGUGUCGUAAAUGAUUUUAAAUUUACAAUUCUAAA